UUUCACUGCGCUCUGGACGGAUCAAUCAUCACCAUCGCUCAGCCUCAUAUUACCAACAAGAUAUCUGACGUAAAUAAGCAGUACAUUUCGAUUGCUAGGUGCUUCCUACUAGCUCAAGCAGUAGAGCAACCGCGCACAGCCCAGCUUUGCAUCAUCUUCGGUCGACGAUCCCCUAUGCUCAUAUCGGUUUCAAUUUUUGCUAUAGGUAGUGAUAUCGCCGGCGCAGCGAACAGUGCUGGAAUGUUGAUUGCCGGUCGCACAAUUCAGGAUUCGGGCUCCGGCGGUAUG